AUGACGUCAGUCCUCCUGCGCCCGCACCAGCCCCCGUGGAUACUCCUGCACCGCAACCCACAACGGAAAAAGACGGCAACAAGGGAUAGCCCUUCUUUUCGAAAGGUCGUUUUCUGCCAAGAAGAGAAGGAAUGGCUGCAGUGCCCCAUGUACCGUGUCAUCAAAAUCAACAAAGCAUUCUGGGGACGUAAAGAUCACACGUCAUGCAGUGACAAAGCGGUAACGAGAACGCUGAAAACUGAAAAGCUGUGCGCUCAAGACGAAGCAAACACGAUGAAGAAAGUUGAGACCAUGUGCAACGACGAAGAGGCCUGUGAACUGGUUGCUUCAGAGACCUUCUUCGACAGAGCUGAUUGUCCUGAUGUUUACAAAUACGUUGAAUUAGAGUACGAAUGUCUACACAGGGAAAUGAGGAUUAAGGAAACUGGCUCAUCGUGA